AUGAGCACAUUCACUAUACCCCGGAAGGAGAUUGGCGAGCCGUCGCCGGCGCAUUUGAAAGAGGUGACUACUUCCAGGAGCGUCGAAUCGACGUGGGAUGCGCCUGAGGAAGCGCAGCGCGAGAAGAAGCGCAAGUUCUUGGGUGCUGGGACUGGCGCAACAGCAUGGGCGCUGUCGGAUCGCUUUGAUCGCGUGCUCCCGCCGCAUAAGCGAUACUUUGGCCGGAGUCGCCGGACUCUACUUAUCGUUAUACUCGUCGCAUUUUUAUGCCUUCUGGCACUCAUAAUUGGUCUUGCGGUUGGCUUGAGCGGUGGCUCGAAGAAGGCGAGAUUCCUUCCUCUUCCGAACGGUGCCGAGACUUAUACUGGAGACCUUACAUACUAUGACCCGGGUCUUGGCGCUUGCGGUAUUGACUCGGGGGACAAUGAUGCAGUAGUCGCCGUGUCGCACUAUACCUUCGAUGCGGUGCAGACAGGUAGUGACCCGAAUCAGAACCCGCUGUGCGGUCGAAAGAUUCGCGCUACGAGAGUGGAUGAGCGGACCGGCAAGUCAGUCAGCAUUGACGUGACUGUUAUUGAUAGGUGUACUGGAUGUGAACCCACUGAUAUCGAUCACUUCAUGCCCAUCGCUUCACUCUUUCGCAAAGACUCUCCAAAAGCCAAGAAGUCUUACCAAGGCGUCACGAUCUCGCAACCAUAUUCACCUAAACCCGGCACUCCCUCACACGCAUCACUUGAAACAUUAGGAAAAUUCCCAAGCGAAUCGAAACAACUCGAAGGCCGUUCACGAUAUAACCAGGGCUACAGCCCGCUCGAUUCGCACAACUCAUCCAACCCGUCGACUAACUCACAGCCUCACCUACCACAUCUGUCCGCCAUCCCACCAGCUCUGCACAUCAGGAAGAGCUUGCCGACCGUGCGUCUUCACACGAGCGACAACUUUGAAGAAAUCGAUCCAGGAACAUUGAAGCACUACAGCACCGAAGCUCCACCAUCCUUCGUUAAAGAAGUCGACGACAAAAUCGCCCGGAAUUUCGACGUCGAAUCUCUCUACAGCCCCGACACGGUCGAAAAAGACUACUUCACUAACCCUGCCGAAAGCUCCGAGCCCACGAGAAAUCUGUCACUCGGCUCGAACAAGGGUCGAUACGCACCGAAGCGCGAAACGAAAGCUCUCGUGAGGAAUAUUUCUGCGGGCCCGUAUUCUACUUCAGACACCCUGACGGGCAACGAAGACAAGGAAGGCGUGAAGGAGAAUAUGAACAAUCACAGAACCUUCUGGUUCUUGCUCGCUUUUGUCGUCGGUGCGAUGGCAGUUGCAGGGAUUGUAUUGGCGACGGUGGCGGUACAAAAGAGGGCUCUGACGAGUACAAUGGUGACUGUAGUUCUUGGUCUAUCGUCGCAAGGUGUGACUGUGACGGAAACGCCGAGCAUGGAUUUCACUACGCCAUCAUUGACAUCUACAUAUGAGCCGACGACACUUGCGUUGCAUAUGAGUCACCAUCCAAAGGCAAAGAUGACGUCCUCUACAGUUGUGUCAAAUCAAGUUCUGAACUCGGUUACGGAGAGAGAAGAAGCGAUCGCUUUUGACGCGCCCGAUCAGACGACGCUGUGUACGACAACGACGAUAGUGACGCUUACAAGUACAGUUUAUGCCGGACAUAUGAGAGAGGAGCGGCGAAGUGUGGCAAUAACGAGCUUAAGGGGUCUGAAGGGACUAUAUGUUGCGCCAGACCUGGAUGCCAUUCUGAAAAGAACCAUCAUUCCGCACCAUCCAUACACAACAACCACUGCAACGCAGCAUAAAACCUCAAACGAGAAACCUCUACCAGGACCUCCGAUCGCAAAUGCCGCAGCACCUAGAAUCGUAGCACCGUCGCUGUUCCACAAGCGAAUUCCGCCAGCUACCGCUCCAGAUAGGCCUGUCGAGAAAUUGAGCUUUUUAGAAGCGUACUUGGACCUCGCGAAUUUCGCUGUAGGACUUUGUACCGAGAGACAGGUCUAUAUCAACAAACCAGCUGGAUUCCAUUUCUCCGAAGACGACGAGAUGGCCAAUAGACUCGCUCAAUCAUUGUGUGCAACCGCACUUCCCCCUUGUGACUACACAGCGACAUGUCUCGGAGAAAAAGAAUGGUAUGAAAUAUACAUCGAAGCGAAGAGGGAUUGCGCAAUGCCCAUGCCAACACCGACAGACAGCGGUAUCAAGGGUAUCCCGGGAUUCGUGGAUACAGUGGAAGAAUUUUGUGGCAAGCUGGGGAAGUAUGUGAAGGUUGGAGGGGUGUGUGGAUCCAGCAAGCCUGUCAGUGAUGGGUGGGAGGUCGUUCCAGUAGCCAACCUUCCUACUCCACCAGUCAUUCCCAUUACCAACAUACCCACUCCACCACCAGCCCUUCCUCUGGUCAACACAACCACCCCACCCGGCUUCGGCGUCCUCCCAACCCACGACUUCCUCACACCGCCUCCCCCUGACAGCUAUCCCUUCCCUAUCCCCACGGGUUCUGUGAGUCCGAACAUCGUACCCAAGGGGGAACAAAUCGGCGACCUGACGUUCUUCAACCCGGGCCUGGGGGCAUGCGGCUUCCCUGCAAUCCUCGACAAUGAAUUCGCCGUCGCGAUAUCCUGGGUGUUAUUCGACACUGUCCGCGAGAUUGGUGGUUCAUCGCUCGAGCGCGAUUGGCAAGGCGAAUUACCUGAUGGGAUUUCGUGGCAGUCCAGCGCGCUGUGUAAUCGUUGGGUUAAUGUUUGGAUGGGUGAUGGGAAGGGUGGGAAGGGCGCGGAACAUGCGUUGGUAAUGAGGGAUAGAUGUAUUGCGUGCAAUGUGACGUAUUUGGAUAUUCAGAAGGGCGUGUAUGAGAGAAUUUGGGCGAAUGCUUCAGAGGGGAGGGUGCAGGUUACGUGGGAGUGGAUGCAGGAGAGGCCGACUAGUUUGCCGGGGUUGAGCUGGAGGGAAAUGCUUGGUUUGAAAUUGGACGAAAGUCAAGAAGAACCUGUCACAAUGAUGCCUUUCAAGCUGAAAAUUCUCAUGUCGUGA